AUGAACACUCGAGCCCUGUCGAUUCGGGUGGAAAGAUGCACCAACGCCUCGGAGGAUUAUCUGUACCUCUUGCCGGUGGAAGCGCAGCGCCUCGAAGACUUGGCAAAUCAAGUGGUAGCAGACACGGUCGCGUCUUACGACCGGUUUCGAUUUAUCGAAAAGCGGGUGGUCGAUCCACGAACGUGGAAAGAUGUGGGACAUCGCGACAACCUGAUCGUCUACCGCGAACGAUCGGGUUCGAGGCCCACGUACCCCUCGAUUCGAUCGAUGGAUGGAAGUUUGCAACUCAUUCCGUGCCGAUCGGCACCUUCCGUGAAGAUCGUCGGCAUGCUACAGGGAACCUUGGACGACGAGAUGUACGGCUGCUUUGUCGAUAGUGACGACGCCGUGAAGAUCCGAAGUAUGUAUUUAAAUGACACGGCAAAGGAAUUCCACUGGCUCGCUACCAUUGCUGGGCCGACCGAAGCCAACCCUUUUCGGUUCUGCGGCGUCGCUCGAUGCACUUUGGGCGUAUCCCUUCCUUUAGCGAAAAAACGGGGUGUCUGUGUCGUCGUUUCCAUGGGAAUGACUACAACUAAGCAUGGAGAACGGAUGACGUACUACGUUUCUCAUUCCGUAAAUUUCGCAGACUCUGCAGGUGACGAUACGAAUAUUCGAGCAAAGUGCUCGCUCUGCUGGCUGAAGACGGAGUUACCGAACGGGAAAGUCGAGUUGUACAUGAAAGGGUUCGCUGCGCCCAUGGGCAUCGUACCCGAGUUUGCAGCGUUCCCAGUGUUGGUAAAUUGCGUCUUGGGCAUUGCGAUGACGAGCGACGCCGCGUAUUCCAAGAAGCUCGCGUGGAUGAUCUACGAUACCGGCAGGACAGAAAAUGGGUCAGCAGUUCCACCGAUGGAUGCAUGCAUCGGACGAUGCAAGAACGCGUUUGGAGGGCCAAAAAACAGUGGCAGCUUCCGACGGUGUCUUGUUUGUCGCAAAGCCAUUUGCAGCACAUGUCAAAUCGUCCGAAACAUCGUCGUUGACAUUGAAAAGGGACAGGUCAUCACGAAAAAAUGUAGUGUAUGCAUUCUGUGCAUGCAUCAAGCAAAGUACUACAGUCCACUGACGUUUGCUCGACGUGAUGUGCGCUUGAAACGGUGGAAAACACUUGACGUCACCCGCUUAUCGGUUACUAGCAGUAGUGGUCACGAUGUCGUGCUCACAGAACUUUCGGACCGUCUCUUCUAUCAAACGCGUUGA